GGUCUGAGAGAGAGUUGGGGGCAAGAGCAGGUGAGAGACUGAACAGGAGCCUGGGGCUGUUGCUGCUCCUGCGGCCCCCAAGUUUGGAACCCCAAAGCUGGGCCCCUGACCCCUUCUCAGCCCGCAGCCGGGUCAGCUGCAGACGCGGGCACACAGCCCCUUUCUUCCCCUGGAGCCCCUCAUGGAGGAGGGACGCCCUCGGAGCAGCCUGAGCCUGGCCAGCAGCGCCUCCACCAUCUCCUCGCUCAGCAGCCUGGGCACCAAGAAGUCCACCCGGGCUGUGAGCAAGGUGCAUGCCUUUGGAAAGAGAGGCAAUGCGCUCAGAAGGGACCCCAACCUCCCUGUGCACAUCCGUGGCUGGCUGCAUAAACAGGACAGCGCUGGGCUCCGGCUCUGGAAACGCCGCUGGUUUGUGCUCUCCGGCCAUUGUCUCUUCUAUUACAAGGAUAGCCGAGAGGAGAGUGUCCUGGGCAGCGUACCACUCCCCAGCUACAGUGUCCGACCAGAUGGGCCUGGAGUCCCGCGGGGACGGCGCUUCACCUUCACGGCAGAGCACCCAGGCAUGAGAACCUACGUUCUGGCCGCGGACACCCUAGAGGACCUCCGUGGCUGGCUUAGGGCGCUGGGCCGGGCCUCCCGCGCAGAGGGCGAUGAUUGUGGGCGAUCCAGGUCACCUGCUCAUCUCCAGUGUGGAGAGGGCCCUGGUGGCCCCGGGGGCCCCCCAGAGGUGAGACGAGAGGACAAAGGACACAGCUCAGAAUCCCCCGAAGCUGUACACCUUUCCAGAGAUCGCAGCCAACCCCGGCUACUCACUCCCAGCCCCACUGCUGAUCUUCAAUUUGGAUCCCCGAUUCGGAGGACGAGGAGCCCAGACCUGUACCCACCCCUCUCUCGCCCCCCCUCCCCACUGAAUCUCCCCCGGCCCAGUUCUGCACCUGCGCGCAGACCCCCUCCUUCUUCAGGAGACACAAUUCCCCCUACCAGACCCCACACCCCCCUGAGUCGCAUUGAUGUCCGGCCUCCCCUGGACUGGGGUCCUCAGCGUCAGACCCUCUCCCGCCCUCCCACUCCCCGCCGAGCACCUUCCUCUGAGGCUCCAGGAGGAAGGCCACCCGCAAGUCCCCAACCCCGAAGACAGGAGGCCAGAACACAGGCCCCCUCUGGUGCCUGCACGUACCUCCAGCUGCCCCCAAGGUCUCCUGGGAGCCGCGCUUCCAUGGUUUUACUGCCAGGUCCUCCUCUGGACUCAAACUUCCAGCAGAGCUUGGAGACAGAUACUCUCUUGACCAAGCUGUGUGGGCAGGACCGGCUGCUGAAGGGGCUGCAGGAGGAGAUGGCCCAGAGACUGGAGGAAAAGGAGCAAUUAGAGGCUGCGCUGGGGCUGACUCGCCAGCAGCUGAGCCAGACCUCCAGGGAGGCGCAGGUCCCAGGGAGGGCCUGGGGGCGCCAGCGCCUUCUGCAGGACCGACUGGUCAGCGUGCGGGCCACUCUGUGUCACCUUACCCAGGAGCGAGAGCGAGUGUGGGAUGUGUACAACAGCCUGGAACAGGAGCUGGGAGCCUUGAGGGAGACUCUGGAGUAUCUCCUACACCUCGGGGCGCCCCAGGACAGAGCAUCUGCUCAGCAGCAGCUGUGGAUGGUGGAAGAUACGCUGGCAGGGCUCAGGGGAGCCCAGAAACCAUCCCCCCACGCGGAGCCUGACUCCCCAUCCUUGACUCUCCCCAGCGAAGAGACCUCAGAGAAAGAGCCCCUCCAGAGCCUGUCUGAGUCCUUGGAGCUGAACUCUCCCCGCUCUCCCGAGGCUGACUGGGGGCAGCCCCCGGAGGCAGACAGAGACCCAGCUAGCCCUCGGGCCUCGGGUAAUGGGGCUCCGGGGGUCCCCCCGGCUGCCAGCCCAGAGGGCCACCACCCCCCAUCCCCACAGGCAGGAGGCAAGCGCCCCCUGGGCCGGCCCCGCAUGAGCGCUCAGGAGCAGCUGGAGAGAAUGCGCAGGAAUCAGGAGCGUGGCAGGUCACUUCCCUGCUCAGCCUCGCCGGGACUCCUCACCCUGGAGAGAACGCAGUCCCCAGCCCUGCGCCAGCCCAAUGGGGAACAAAGGCCCAUCCCAGGACAUUCAGGAGUCCAGAAAUGGCUCAGAAGCUCAGGGUCCUGGAGCAGUUCUAAGAACUGCACCCCCUAUUUGCCAACAUCUGAAGGUCACCGUGAGAGGGUGCUUAGCCUCUCUCAAGCCCUGGCCACGGAGGCGUCGCAGUGGCACCGAAUGAUGACAGGUGGAAAAAUGGACUCCCGAGGUGACCCUCUCCCACCUGCGCCGCCGCCACCAUCGGACCAAACAACUCAGGUGACGUCGCCCCCAAGAUCACCUGCAGUGGCCAGUUCCGGCUCUGGCUCUGGCUUCUCCCGUCGGGGGAGUGGGCGCGGCUCAGGCCCUGCUUCCUGGGAGCCCACGUGGGACUCGGUGUCCACGCCCGCGGCGCGGACCCAGGGCGAGGGGGCGUGGCCUUUGCGUGUCACUCUGCUACAGUCCAGCUUCUGAGCAGCCAAUAGGAGCCCAAGGCCCCCAGGGGGCGUGGUCUGGCUGUGCCUCUGGCAGGUUCUGCUCGCGCGCUGUCCCAGGGGGUCCCCACUCGCAGCCCCUACUCACCUCCUGGAAGG